GGCCCGGGGAUCAAACGGCUCCGUUUUAAUCUUAUUUCUACUUAGAUCUUCGGCGCCCUCCUCGGCCGGCUCCAGCGUCUUUUAAUCGGAGGGAAACGGUCAGCUCCUUGCCUUUAAAAAAAAAACCCCGCCGCCUCCUCCCCUUUAAGGCGAUUCGACUGUUGCCAUUGGCAGCGGUUAGGGCGCGGAAAGCGAACUGCGAACUGCCAUCGCCGCUCUCAUUCCCUUCGCAGGUCGCCCAUCUCCCUUCCUUCGCUCGUCUUAGGGGAUCAUCGCCGGCCCAGUCAUGGGGGAUCCGAAUUUGGAGAGACAUUUCAGAGGCCAUAGAGAUAUCAUCACCUCUUUGGAUUUCAGUCCGAACAUGAAGUACUUAGCAAGCGGCAGCAUGGAUUCGUGCGUGGUGAUCUGGAACCUGAAGCCCCAGACGAAAGCUUAUCGUUUUGUGGGCCACCAAGAUGCUGUGAUGUGUGUUCAGUUUUCACCCUCUGGAAAUCUUUUGGCAUCUGGAUCUAGAGAUCAAACCGUCCGCCUGUGGAUUCCAAAUAUGAAAGGAGAAUCUGCUGUGUUUAAAGCUCACAAGGCAAGUGUAAGAAGUGUCCAUUUCUCCAGUGAUGGUCAGCUGUUGGUGACUGCCUCUGAUGACAAGACUAUUAAAGUGUGGACUGUGCACAAACAGAAAUUCUUAUUCUCCUUGAACCUGCACGUUAACUGGGUCCGUUGUGCCAAAUUUUCUCCUGACGGGAAACUGAUCGUAUCGUCCAGUGAUGAUAAAACUGUCAGAAUCUGGGAUCACUCCACUAGAGAGUGUGUGCAUUCUUUCUACGAGCCUACUGGAUUUAUCAGUUACUUGGACUUUCAUCCUAGUGGUGUGUGCAUUGCUGCUGUGUCCACGGACAAGACUGUGAAGGUGUGGGAUAUUCGAACUCAUCAACUCCUCCAAAGUUAUCAAAUACACAAUACUGGCGUCAACUCUCUGUCCUUCCAUGCAUCGGGAAACUACCUCAUUACUGCCUCCAGUGAUUCCACCCUUAAAGUUUUGAAUUUACUGGAGGGCAAGUUACUCUACACUAUUCAUGGACACCAGGGACCAGCUACUUGUGUUGCUUUUUCAAGAUCAGGAGAGUUCUUUGCUUCUGGGAGUACUGAUAAACAAAUAAUGGUGUGGAAGACUAAUUUCACUGACAUCAAUCAAGGAAAUGGCGGGCAGCCCAAUGCGAACAAUGCUACUUUGGAAGUGAGCCAGCCUCAAGGAAACGAACAAGGCCAACAGAGCCAGCCUCAGGGCACCGUCCAAGGCCAACAGAGCCAUCCUCAGGGCAUCAUCCAAGGCCAACAGAUUCUUUUUCAGAGCCAGCCUCAGGGCCCCGUCCAAGGCCAACAGAGCCAUCCUCAGGGCAUCAUCCAAGGCCAACAGAUUCUUUUUCAGAGCCAGCCUCAGGGCCCCGUCCAAGGCCAACAGAGCCAUCUUCAGGGCGUCAUCCAAGGCCAACAGAUUCUUUUUCAGAGCCAGCCUCAGGGCACCGUCCAAGGCCAACAGAGCCAUCCUCAGGGCAUCAUCCAAGGCCAACAGAGCCAUCUUCAGGGCAUCAUCCAAGGCCAACAGGGUCAGCCUCGAGGCAACAUCCAAGGGCAACAGAACCAGCUUCGAGUCAACAACCUAGUCCAGCAGAUCCAGCCUCGAGGCAGCAACCGAGCCCAACAGAUCCAGUUUCAAGGCGGCAACCCAGUUCAACAGCAGGUAGAGAUGCAUCCCGCCGCCCCUCCGAGAGCAAGGAUCAAUCCAGAACAACCCAUCGUUCAUCCUGUGGUGGAGAUUAGAUUUCCUGAAAACAUCGCUGUCGUCUUUGAACAGAUUUCGAGACAGCUCGCUGCUCUCUUCCAGACUGUUACCAUUCUGGAUCAGAGACUGAGCAUUACUGAAGAUAGGGUAAAGGAGGUCCUGGAGAAUCAGCGGGUCAUCAUACACACUUAUAACCAAUUGUUUGGGGGGCAUAGGAAUUGAGAGAUUGAGAGCUGGAGCUGGGUUGUAAUUAUCGUUUUAUAUGUACUGUGUAAGUUAUAUACAUAUGUUUAUAUAAAGAUUAAUUUAUAUUUUACUGUGUUUAAAAAGAUGCAAAAGUGAAAAAGGAUGCAAGUGUUCAAAAGUAUGCAACAAAAGUUCAAAAGUAAGCAACAAAAAGUAUGCAACUAAAGUAAUAAAAGAAUGUUACCAUUCAAAAGCACACAACCAAACUUCCCAAGCAUGCAAACAUGCAGAAAUACCCAUGUUGUUAAUGUUGUUACUCAAGCAAUAAAAUUUCUCUUUAAUUCAGUUUAAA